GGGACAGAGGACACCUGAAUAAAGACCACACCCAUGACCCACGUGAUGCUGAGAAGUACUCCUGCCCUAGGAAGAGACUCAGGGCAGAGGGAGGAAGGACAGCAGACCAGACAGUCACAGCAGCCCUGACAAAAGCAUUCCUGGAACUCAAGCUCUUCUCCACAGAGGAGGACAGAGCAGACAGCAGAGACCAUGGAGUCUCCCUCGGCCCCUCCCCACAGAUGGUGCAUCCCCUGGCAGAGGCUCCUGCUCACAGCCUCACUUCUAACCUUCUGGAACCCGCCCACCACUGCCCAGGUCACUAUUGAAUCCACGCCGUUCAAUGUCGCAGAGGGGAAGGAGGUGCUUCUACUCGCCCACAGUCUGCCCCAGAAUCGUAUUGGCUACACCUGGUACAAAGGGGAAAGAGUGGAUGGCAACAGUCUAAUUGUAGCAUAUGCAGUAGGAAUUCAACAAGCUACCCCAGGGCCCGCAUACAGUGGUCGGGAGACAAUAAACCCCAAUGCAUCCCUGCUGAUCCAGAACGUCAUCCAGAAUGACACAGGAUUCUACACCCUACAAGUCAUAAAGUCAGAUCUUGUGAAUGAAGAAGCAACUGGCCAGUUCCGGGUAUACCCGGAGCUGCCCAAGCCCUCCAUCUCCAGCAACAACUCCAAACCCAUGGAGGACAAGGAUGCUGUGGCCUUCACCUGUGAACCUGAGACUCAGGACACAACCUACCUGUGGUGGGUAAACAAUCAGAGCCUCCCGGUCAGUCCCAGGCUGCAGCUGUCCAAUGGCAACAGGACCCUCACUCUAUUCAAUGUCACAAGAAAUGACACAGCAAGCUACAAAUGUGAAACCCAGAACCCAGUGAGUGCCAGGCGCAGUGAUUCAGUCAUCCUGAAUGUCCUCUAUGGCCCGGAUGCCCCCACCAUUUCCCCUCUAAACACACCUUACAGAUCAGGGGAAAAUCUGAACCUCUCCUGCCACGCAGCCUCUAACCCACCUGCACAGUACUCUUGGUUUGUCGAUGGGACUUUCCAGCAAUCCACCCAAGAGCUCUUUAUCCCCAACAUCACUGUGAAUAAUAGCGGAUCCUAUACGUGCCAAGCCCAUAACUCAGACACUGGCCUCAAUAGGACCACAGUCACGACGAUCACAGUCUAUGCAGAGCCACCCAAACCCUUCAUCACCACCAACAACUCCAACCCCGUGGAGGAUGAGGAUGCUGUAGCCUUAACCUGUGAACCUGAAAUUCAGAACACAACCUACCUGUGGUGGGUAAACAAUCAGAGCCUCCCGGUCAGUCCCAGGCUGCAGCUGUCCAAUGACAACAGGACCCUCACUCUACUCAGUGUCACAAGGAAUGAUGUAGGACCCUAUGAGUGUGGAAUCCAGAACGAAUUAAGUGUUGACCACAGUGACCCAGUCAUCCUGAAUGUCCUCUAUGGGCCGGACACCCCCAUCAUUUCCCCCCCAGACUCGUCUUACCUUUCGGGAGCGAACCUCAACCUCUCCUGCCACUCGGCCUCUAACCCAUCUCCGCAGUAUUCUUGGCGUAUCAAUGGGAUACUGCAGCAACACACACAAGUUCUCUUUAUCGCCAAAAUCACGCCAAAUAAUAACGGGGCCUAUGCCUGUUUUGUCUCUAACUUGGCUACUGGCCGCAAUAAUUCCAUAGUCAAGAGCAUCACAGUCUCUGACGAUUCAGCAUCUGGAACUUCUCCUGGUCUCUCAGCUGGGGCCACUGUCGGCAUCAUGAUUGGAGUGCUGGUUGGGGUUGCUCUGAUAUAGCAGCUCUGGUGUAGUUUCUGCAUUUCAGGAAGACUGACAGUUGUUUUGAUUCUUCCUUAAAGCAUUUGCAACAGCUACAGUCUAAAAUUGCUUCUUUACCAAGGAUAUUUACAGAAAAGACUCUGACCAGAGAUUGAGACCAUCCUAGCCAACAUCGUGAAACCCCAUCUCUACUAAAAAUACAAAAAUGAGCUGGGCUUGGUGGUGCGCACCUGUAGUCCCAGUUACUCAGGAGGCUGAGGCAGGAGAAUCGCUUGAACCCGGGAGGUGGAGAUUGCAGUAAGCCCAGAUCGCACCACUGCACUCCAGCCUGGCAACAGAGCAAGACUCCAUCUCAAAAAGAAAAGAAAAGACUCUGACCUGUACUGUUGAAUACAAGUUUCUGAUACCACUGCACUGUCUGAGAAUUUCCAAAACUUUAAUGAACAAACUGACAGCUUCAUGAAACUGUCCACCAAGAUCAAGCAGAGAAAAUAAUUAAUUUCAUGGGACUAAAUGAACUAAUGAGGAUAAUAUUUUCAUAAUUUUUUAUUUGAAAUUUUGCUGAUUCUUUAAAUGUCUUGUUUCCCAGAUUUCAGGAAACUUUUUUUCUUUUAAGCUAUCCACAGCUUACAGCAAUUUGAUAAAAUAUACUUUUGUGAACAAAAAUUGAGACAUUUACAUUUUCUCCCUAUGUGGUCGCUCCAGACUUGGGAAACUAUUCAUGAAUAUUUAUAUUGUAUGGUAAUAUAGUUA